AUGCUCUCAACCACUCGACUCUCGAACUCGGCCAGAGCGGCCGUCCGCACACGAAGACAUGUCGGCACGAUCGCAGCCGUUAACCACAGCCGCACCAAGGCGAUGGGCGACAUCAGCUCCGUCUUUCCAUCGCUCAACGGCGCAAAAGCGCAGCCACUGCCACCGCGCUUCGCCGAGCUGAAGCGGAGUCUCGUUGCCGGACGGGAGAACGCAAUCCAGGACUCGUGGCGACGACUACUGCCCGUCCUCGACCGAGAAAUCGACGAGAUCCGUGCCAAAGGGCCGAGUAUCAUCCCGUCGAUCGACUUCUCCGCGCUCUCCUCGCCGCUCCCCGCCGCCACCCUCGCCGAGAUCAAAGCGCGCGGCAGCGUCAUCAUCCGCAACGUCCUUCCACCGUCCCUCGCACUCUUCCUCAAGUCCUCAUCGCAGGAAUACAUCCGGUCCAACGCCUCCUCCGUGCGCGCCUUCCCCGCGGCCUCCCCCGCCGUCUACGAGCUCUACUGGUCGCCCGCACAAGUCGCCGCGCGCUCGCACCCCAACAUCCUCCGCACGCAAUCCUUCCUCCAGAGCCUCUGGCACUCCUCGCCCAGCACUCCCAUCUCCACGCAACACCCGCUCACCUACGCGGACCGCCUUCGCAUCCGCCUCCCGGGCGACUCCGGCUUCGCUCUCGGCCCGCACGUGGACGGCGGCUCACUCGAGCGCUGGGAGGACCCCGUGUACCGGGCCAACUACUCUCGCAUCCUGUCCGGGCAGUGGGAGUCGCACGACGCCUACGACGCCACGCACCGCGUGCGCGCAAACAUGGAUAUGUACAAUGGCGCGGGCGCCGCCAGCAUGUUCCGGAUGUGGCAGGGGUGGCUGUCGCUGUCGAACACGGCGCCGGGCGAGGGCACGCUGCGCUUGUUCCCCGCGCUGAAGGAGGCGACGGCAUACUGGAUGCUACGCCCGUUUAUUGGCGAGGAUGGACGGGUGGACCCGGCUCGCACGGGGUUCGAGGGCGCCGCGAUGGGCGCGUGCCAGGAGCUUUCGUCCGAUAACCACCCCGGGUUGAGGCUGCAGGAGGGAAUGGUCUCGAUCCCCGAAGUGGCGCCCGGUGAUUUUGUCGCCUGGCAUUGUGAUGCGAUUCAUGCCGUUGAUAAAACGCAUGCGGGACGCGCGGAUAGCAGCGUGUUUUAUAUCCCCGCCACCCCGCUGACCCCCGGGAAUGUGGAGGCCCUCAGGAGGCAGAAGGAUGCGGCGCUGGCGGGAGAGGUGCCCCCGGAUUUUCCGGGCGCCGGGAAUCCGGCUGUGGGGGAGGGGAAGUUUGUCGGGAAGGUGGAUUGGGAGACGGCUGGGACUAGGGAGAUGGGGAUGGGGGGGGAGGGGUGGGAGGUGCAGGAGGACAUGACGGAGGGCGCGAGGGAGGCGGUCUGGAGGGGGAAUGAGAUUAUGGGAUGGUAG